AUGCUUAAGAAGUGUUCAAUUUUGAACUCUUUACAGCUUCUCAAGUACCAAGUGGGAUUUGCUAAAUAUCAUAGUUCUGGCGUGACGGCAGUUAAAUCUUGUGUGCGUGCAAUGUCCGAGGAGAAACAACAGUUACCAGACGUUGAUCCUAGUACUGGGGAGAUCAUUAUCAACCCUUUGAAAGAGGAUGGUACAGCCAAGAGUCCAAAGGAGAUUGAAAAGGAGAAGAAGAAGGCAGAAAAAUUGUUGAAAUUUGCAGCUAAACAAGCGAAGAAAGCAGAAAACCAGGCCAAUCAGCAAAAGAACCAGAAUAAGAAGAAGGAGAAGAAGAAGGAUGUUGAGGUGGUUCCGGAAUUUUUUGAUAAGACAGUUCAGGGGGAGAAGAAGAUUUUAAUUUCACUGGAGGAUCCUGCCCUGAAGGCUUACAAUCCGUUGAAUGUUGAAUCGUCAUGGUAUGCUUGGUGGAAUAAGUCGGGACUUUUUGAACCUGAAUUUACCAAGGAUGGAAAAAUUAAGCCUGAGGGGUUAUUUUGUAUUCCAGCACCACCUCCAAAUGUUACUGGUGCGUUGCACAUUGGGCACGCUUUGACGGUUUCCAUUCAAGAUUCGUUGGUUAGAUAUAAUCGUAUGAAGGGUAAGACUGUUUUGUUCUUGCCAGGAUUCGACCAUGCUGGUAUUGCUACACAAUCUGUUGUUGAGAAGCAAAUUUGGGCUAAUGAAAAGAAGACCAGGCAUGAUUAUGGUAGAGAGGAAUUUGUUGGCAAGGUUUGGGAAUGGAAAGAGGCUUACCAUAGCAAGAUUAAGAGCCAGGUUGAAAAAUUAGGUGCCUCUUAUGACUGGACCCGUGAAGCAUUCACACUAUCUCCAGAAUUAUCACGUGCUGUUACAGAAGCGUUUGUUAGACUACAUGAGGAGGGCGUUAUUUAUCGUGCUUCUCGUUUAAUUAACUGGUCCGUCAAAUUGAACACCGCAAUUUCUAAUUUAGAGGUUGAAAAUAAGGAUGUCAAGGGUAGAACCCUAAUAUCUAUUCCUGGCUAUGAUGAGAAGGUUGAAUUCGGUGUUUUGACGUCCUUCGCUUAUCCUGUGAUUGGUUCAGAUGAAAAGUUGAUUGUGGCAACUACCAGACCAGAGACGAUGUUCGGUGAUACUGCAGUUGCUAUCCAUCCAGAAGACCCACGUUACAAACACUUACACGGCAAGUUUUUACAACAUCCGUUUUUAGCCCGUAAGCUACCAAUUGUUUGUGAUUCCGAAGCAGUUGAUAUGACAUUUGGUACAGGUGCUGUGAAAAUAACCCCUGGACAUGACCAAAACGAUUACAACACUGGCAAGCGCCAUAAUUUAGAAAUUAUCAAUAUUCUAACUGAUGAUGGUUUACUGAAUGAAAAUUGUGGCCCUGAAUGGCAGGGUAUGAAGAGAUUCGAUGCCAGAAAGAAGGUUAUUGAAAAGUUGCAAGAAUCUGGGUUGUAUAUAGGUCAGGAAGACAACGAGAUGGUGAUACCAAUGUGUUCUAGAUCUGGCGAUGUUAUUGAACCAUUAUUAAAGCCACAAUGGUGGGUAUCACAGUCAGAAAUGGCUAAGGAAGCUAUCAAGGCUGUUAGGAAUGGUGAUAUCACGAUUACACCAAAGUCUUCUGAGGCUGAGUACUUCCACUGGCUAGAAAAUAUCCAAGAUUGGUGUAUUUCUAGACAGCUGUGGUGGGGCCAUCGUUGCCCUGUUUACUUCAUUAACAUAAAUGGAAAAGAACAGGAUAGGAAUGAUGGACAAUUCUGGGUUUCUGGACGUGAUUUGGCCGAAGCAGAAAGUAAGGCGGCAGCUAAAUAUCCUAACGAAACUUAUACUUUAGAACAAGAUGAAGAUGUUUUGGAUACCUGGUUCUCAUCUGGUCUAUGGCCUUUCUCCACUCUAGGAUGGCCAGAAAAGACUGCUGAUAUGGAAAAUUUCUACCCAUGCUCGAUGUUAGAAACUGGUUGGGACAUUUUGUUUUUCUGGGUUUCAAGGAUGAUUUUGCUUGGCAUUAAAUUGACUGGCUCUGUACCAUUUAAGGAAGUUUUCUGUCAUUCCUUAGUCCGUGAUGCUCAGGGCCGUAAGAUGUCAAAAUCUCUGGGUAACGUUGUUGAUCCAUUGGAUGUCAUUAACGGUAUCUCCUUACAGGAGCUGCACGACAAACUUUUACAAGGUAACUUGGAUCCAAGAGAGGUAGAAAAAGCUAAAGCUGGUCAGAAGGAAUCUUAUCCAAAUGGUAUCCCACAAUGUGGUACUGAUGCAUUGAGGUUUGCUUUGUGUGCUUAUACUACUGGUGGUCGUGAUAUUAACUUAGAUAUAUUGAGAGUUGAAGGUUACAGAAAGUUCUGUAACAAGAUAUAUCAAGCUACUAAAUUUGCUUUAAUGCGUUUGGGCGAUGAUUAUGUUCCACCAGCUAAAGAAGGCGUUUCUGGUAAUGAAUCUUUAGUGGAACAGUGGAUCUUGCACAAAUUAGCUGUAGCUUCAAAGUCCGUGAAUGAGGCGUUUGAUAAACGUGACUUCUUGACUUCCACCUCUGUUAUCUAUGACUUUUGGUACUUGGUUUGUGAUGUAUACAUUGAAAACUCAAAGUACUUGAUUCAAGAGGGCUCUGAAGUGGAAAAGAAAUCGGCAAGAGAUACUCUAUAUACAUUGAUUGACAAUGCUUUGAGAUUAAUACAUCCAUUUAUGCCGUUCAUAUCAGAAGAAAUGUGGCAGCGGUUGCCAAAGCGUGCUUCCGAGACUAGCCCCAGUAUUGUCAAGUCCAAAUACCCAGAGUUCCGUGACACAUUCUUCAACCCACAAGCUAAUGACACCUAUGAAUUAGUGUUGGAUAUUACAAAGGAUGCUCGUUCGUUAUUGGCUCAAUAUAACAUUUUGAAAAACGGUAAGGUCUAUAUCGAGGUCUUAGGUAACAGCGAAUUGCAUAACUCUGUGCAAUCCCAAGUUGCCUCUAUUGUGUCUCUAAUUAAGGCAAUCGAUGAAGUCACUGUUGUUCAAGAUGUUAUAAAUAUCCCUCAAGGCUGUGUUUUACAGAGUGUGAAUCCGGAAGUCAAUGUGCACGUGUUGGUUAAAGGCCAGAUUGAUAUCGAUUCGGAAGUUAACAAGGUUUCUAAAAGGUUGGACAAAGUAAAGAAAACCAGAGAGUCUCUUGAAAAAUUGAUGUCCAGCAAGGAUUAUGAGGCUAAGGCCAAUGAACAAGUCAAACUAUCUAAUAAGGAUAGACUGGAAAGUACAGUCGCUGAAAUGGAAACAUUAGAAGCGACCAUUAGUAACUUGGAAAAGUUAAAACUGUAA